AUGCACGGAAAAUCCUCAGAAAUGAAUUUAUUAUCAGAAGCCAGAUCUUUGGCGGAGGUUUCGGAUUCCUCAUCUAACAUCGUCAACCUACGAAACAGAAAACGACAAAGCAAAACAAUUGAGUUAGUGAAAGGUGAAGCAAAUGCGAAAAGGAAAGCCAAAGAAAGAACCGCAACCAAAAAGAUUACAAAACAAAAUACUAAAAUCAAGCAACACAAAAAACGAAAACCGUCUACCACUGAAACCGAAUCCGACUCAUCACUAGAUAUCCACUUGCAAGAUGAUGAUGACGACGUGGACGAUGAAGACAGUUGGUGCGUAGGGUGUGGUGAAUUGUACAGUUGCACUAAAACGGACGUGGAUUGGAUUAAAUGUAUAAGCUGUCAACGAUGGCUGCACGAAGACUGUUCAAUAUACGAAUUCCACGUGUGA